AUGAUUGAGUUCAAGCGAAGCGGGAAUAACACCAUCGCUUCGAAUCGAAUUCCCCUCUAUGUGGGUGAAUUCGUGUAUGAUGAAUCGAAAGAAUCGUUUCUUCGAAAUGAAACUCGGAUUGCUACUCGCGAAGUGGAAUGGAAAGAUGGAGUGGAAGUGAGUGGAAGAGAUCUCUAUGAUGGAUGGCAUAUUCAUUCAUUCAUUCAUUCACUCAAUAUUACUUGUUUAUUUAAUACUAUUGCUAUGUUAAUUACAUUGCAUUUCACAUUGUUUGUUGAUCAAAUAGAAAGCAAGGUUUUCAUUCAUAGGAUUCAUGGAUUCUAUCCAUUAUCAUAUUAUUCAAUCGAUUGUUUUGUUUAA